GGAUUAGAUAACAGAAUCCAGCAACCUUAUCCUCAAAACUUCCAACCUGCCAAUGCUUCUGAUUUUUCCCACAAUAAACACCCAAAAAUAAGGUUAAAGAAAAGCAAGAGAUGGCAACAGUCUUUCUCACAACUGCAAACCCCUUCCUUCCUUCUCCUCUAUCCCUUUCAGCAUCUUCUUCCUCUUCUUUACUGACACCACCAACAUUGUGUUGCCCUCACAAACACAAUGCCAAGAGACAAUUAGCUCUAUGCAAGGCAGUCAGUGAGUCAACACCACUCUCACCAAAUUUUACCAAAAGAAGCCUUUCAAUCUCCUUCAUCACCAGCUUUACCUUCUUUUUAGCUGGUAAAGGCUGUUCUGAUGUUAGUGCAGCAAUUCUAGAGGCUGAUGAAGAUGAUGAGCUGAUGGAGAAGGUCAAGAGGGACAGAAAGAAGAGGCUUGAGAAGCAAGGAGUCAUCAGCUCAUCCAACAAAGAGACAGAGUACCUGCAGGAUUUGGUAUACAAGCUGAGCAAAAUUGGGCUAGCUAUUGACAAUAACGAUCUAUCAACAGCUGGUUUAGUUCUUGGGGGAAGCACUGACACAGAUUGGGUUAAGAAUGCUAAUAAAGCCUUCAACAAGCUUAGCUCUAGUCCUGAAGAGAAAACUCAAGUGGACACAUUUAAUUCCUCACUGGCUAAAUUGGUCUCAUCAGUUACUCGGAAUGAUGUUGAGUCCUCCAAACUUGCUUUUGUGUUGGCAGCCAGCUCAUUUGAGAAGUGGACAACUUUAACUGGUCUUUUUGGCCAGCUUAAGGGGCUUUGAAGAAAGAUAGUAGUAGUACCACCAAUUCCAUUUUAUUCUUUUUCUAUGAGAUAGGAGUAUUUAAGUCGCAUCAAUUAUCCAACCUUUUGUUGAUGUAAUCCAUCAACUUUCUAUUAGCCUUUCAUGAGUUGUAUUUUGUUGCGCGGUUAUGAGUAGCAACUUUUCUUUUUUUAUUUUUGCACUCAGCAUUGCAAAUUCUUUUCAACAUCAUUAUUCUUCACAUUUGAAUUAAAUGAAUGUGAAUUUUAA